GUGUGUGCAUUCUUUGUGCGGCCAGAACAAGCAGAGAGCAGCUAUGAGAAGGAUGAUAACAAAGAAAACUUAACAGUGACAGCACAAGUGCGCACGCUUAUGGAUCUCUUUUUUAGAAACCGACUUGUUUGUUCGCAUUUACUUUUAAGGAUCUUUAACCCUUUCUGUUAAAUUUGAUGUUUGGUAGAAGGUUGGUCUCCAGUGGAUAAGGUGUUGAUGGUCACCAAUCGUUUUCCUGCAAACCAUUGAUAGUGACUAUUUAUUGGUGAAGGGCUCUCAUCAGAUACAAUCAUGGUGCUCAUUCUGGGUCGCCGCCUGAAUCAUGAGAACUCUGGUGGUGUGCCGGAAUCACCGGCAAUCAAGCGUAAAGUCUUUGAGAUGGAGUCUAAGACCCUGAGCGACGUGUACAACUUCACUUCUGGUUCCUCUCACUCUGAGAGUGUCCUUCAGGUCUUCAACGAGUUCCGUGAAAGCCGCCUCUUCACGGAUGUGAUCAUAAGCGUCCAGGGUCGCGAAUUCCCAUGUCAUCGUGCCGUGCUGUCGGCCUGCAGCAGUUACUUCCGUGCCAUGUUCUGCAACGACCACAGAGAAAGCCAUGAGAUGCUUGUGGAGAUCAACGGCAUCCAGGCCGAUGCUAUGGACACGUUCCUGCAGUAUGUUUACACCGGCCGUGCCUGCAUCACCACCCACAAUGUCCAGUUCCUCUUCGAGACCUCCAGCCUCUUCCAGAUCACCACACUGCGGGAUGCUUGUGCAAAAUUCCUGGAAGAGCAGCUGGACCCCUGCAACUGCCUCGGGAUCCAGCGUUUCGCAGACGCCCACUCUCUCAAACAGCUGGCCAGUCGCUGCCGUGCUUUCGCCUUGCUGAAUUUUCCAGAAGUUGCUCAGCAUGAGGAGUUUCUAGACCUUCACAAGGAUGAGCUGCAGGAAUACUUGGCCAGCGAUGAGCUGUCCAUUGGCAGGGAGGAGAUGGUGUUCGAGGCGGUGAUGCGUUGGGUCUACCAUGGCGUGGAGUACCGCAAACCCAUGCUGAAAGAUCUACUACAACAUGUCCGACUGCCUCUCCUGCACCCAAACUAUUUUGUACAGACGGUGGAAGGCGAUAAACUGAUCCAGAAUGCUCCAGAAUGUUACCAGCUGCUGCACGAAGCACGUCGCUAUCACGUACUUGGCAAUGAGAUGAUGUCGCCACGAACCAGGCCCCGCAGGUCUACUGGUUUCUCUGAGGUCAUUGUGGUGGUGGGAGGCUGUGAGCGAAUGGGGGGUUUCAAUCUGCCGUACACAGAAUGCUACGACCCCGUGACGGGAGAGUGGACAUCUCUUGCUAAACACCCUGAGUACACUAAGUCUGAGUAUGCAGUGUGCGCCCUCCGCAAUGAUAUCAUUGUGUCAGGUGGACGCAUCAACAGCAGUUACGUCUGGAUGUAUAACUCUCAGCUCAACAUCUGGAUCAGAGUGGCCUCUCUUAAUAAGGGUCGAUGGAGACACAAGAUGACCGUCCUUCUGGGGAAGGUGUAUGCAAUUGGAGGUUAUGAUGGGCAGUCUUGUCUCAGUAACGUGGAGGUGUACGACUCAUUCUCCAACCGCUGGACUGAGGUGGCCCCCAUGAAAGAAGCCGUCUCCUGCCCGGCGGUCACCAGCUGUGCGGGAAAGCUUUUCGUCAUUGGAGGAGAACCCUAUGAAAACAGCUGCUCCAAUAAGGUCCAGUGUUAUGACCCAGAGUCAGACAGCUGGGAGCUGAAGGCACCUAUUCCCUUCACCAAACCCAAUAUCUCUGCCAUUUCUCUCAAUCACCUCAUCUACGUAUGCGGUGGCCUCACCAAGUCCAUCUACUGCUACGAUCCUUCACAGGACCACUGGAUGCAUGUGGGCCACACCUUCAGCAGACAGGAGAGUUGUGGUAUGUCCGUUUGUAAUGGAAAGAUCUACAUCCUGGGUGGACGGGGAGAAAACGGCGAAGCCUCUGACAACAUUGUGGGCUACGAUCCGGCCUCCGGCAUCAUCACAUGCACGCCUGCUAUGCCUCGUCCCAUCUCCUACCAUGGCUGUGUUACCAUACAACGUUUCAGCGAAAAACAACACAAACCCUGAAAGCAUCUGCAAAUGCACAUGCAGAGUGUCCCAAACAUGGAGCUGUAGACUCUUACAUCCAUAUCAAAAAUAACUUUGCAUCGUGACAAUUGCUAUUUUUCUAUUACUUAUGCAGUUAACACAUAUACAUCUACAUGCACUGUAGAUGCAGCACCAUGUUUAACUGCUACAGUUGAUUUCAUCAUCAGGCCAAAGCCGUUAAUAUCUGGAAGACAGCAGUCAACUGACUUUUUUUCUGGAACAAGGAAGUAUGUAAAACCUUCCUCAUAGCUGACGUACAUUCAGAGAAUGAGUCAGAUCUAAUGGACUAAUCAUAUAGAUGCAGUGAUGUCCUGUAUUGAUUGAUUUAAAAAAACACCACAAAUGCACACUUGUAAUAUUUUUCUUUCUUUUCUGAUUUUUGUUGUGGUAAUUUUUUCCCACACGUUUUUAUUUUUUAAAUGUGCUUGUUUACGCCAUUAACUUUAACUAUUUCUUAGUGCUGUCAAACAAAAGUUUAAAGUUUACAAAAUAAAGGUUUUUGUUUACAUAAUAUAUGUAAGUGUACUGGGUUUAUUUAUUAUGUAUAUAUAAACACACAUACAGUAUAUAUUACAUGUAUAUACAUUUACAUUACUAUAUAUACAAAUUUAUUUUAAAUGUAUACAUGCAUGUGUUUGUAUUUAUAUAUAAAUAUACAUAUACACAGUACACACUCAUAUUAUAAACAAAAACUUAUUUUGGAUGCGAUUAAUCGUUUGACAGCACUACUAUUUCUGUUAUUUUGUAGCAUUAUUCUUGCAUUUUGACAACGUUUGUAAAGUCUGCAGACAGAAACUUUUUUAGGUUCAUUCUUGGGGUGAUUUUAAUGUGCUAUUUACUCUUUUUACAUCAUAUUAUGAUUAAGUAAAAGAAAGCACUUAAAUACUACAUCAGACAUGCUGUAUGAGGUUUUCAAGAGGAGGUUUUUGCAUUCUAAGCAUUUGAAAACCUAAGGCUGGAAACCAUACACCUCAGUGAUGGACAGCUCUGAUUCUGGUCAAUGAAUUGUCACGUCAGGUUCUUAUAGGUUCUUGAUGAACCGUAUAGCUGUGAAACAAAUUUUUUCCCUGUGUAUCAUAUCUGUAUUUAAGCGUCUACUUAUCUUUAGUGUGACAACCAGGAUGUGCCUUUCUGAUCUUUUUUUUUUUUUUUAUCAGAGCCCCAAUCAUGCACUUGUAUGCACUAGUGUUAGUAAUAUAUGGCAAUGUAAAUACAUUCUACUCAUUUAAUGUUAUCUGUGUUAUUUUACGUUGUGCUUUGUAAACAGUCUCAUAGCUGUAGAUAGCAUCUGAGUUUUUGAGUUGGACUGUCGGAAAUUCUUGUGUUUGCGUGUAUGGUUGUGCGUGUUCAAAUUAACCUGGAACUGUUUUCAUGUUUAGCAGCAAGAUAACUGCAGUCUGCUCUAGCACUUAUCAGUACUGGAAGCAGGCAUUUACCUGUCAGAAUAAUUGUGUAAUUCAUCUGAACAUGUCAGGCAGGAUGCUGGCAGCUAGUUUACCCAAAGCACUGCGUCUCCUGCAUUUCUGCCUGCAAUGACAAAAAUAUAAGUGAGUCUGUAUAUACUUAUUUAUAUGUUUUCAUAUACAUAAUGUUGAUUUGUGCUUCGAUCAUUUUGAUUAUUACCAACUGUACUGGUCUAAACUUUUUGUAAAUGUUAUUUUGCCAACAUACUGUAUGUUCCAUUAUGCUAUUUUUAAAAAAUAAUAUCUGACAAAUUUUCAAACCCAGCUUUAUAUUGUUUGUCUCGGUUAGAUGUGGUGUUUUGCAGGAUUGUAUGGACACAGUUGGUCCAAGCUCUGAGUUGGUUUUCAACUCAUUCAUAAGUAUAACCUGGUAUUUUUGUUGCAGUAGAAACUCCUAAAAAUGCAGUUUCGGACCAUUUCAUUUCAGUGGAAUGAACCGGUAGCUGUAAUUGAGCCUGAGUCCAAAGCAUAAGAAGUAUUGGACAUGUUUCAAAUAUAACAAUAAUAAACCGUACUUUGUAAAACUGUAAAAGUGCCUCAAUAAAAAAGUUCAUUUGCGAUGA